AUGAGUAGAAUUUUGAUUUUUUCUCUAAUUUUGGUACAUCAAACCAUUCAACUAUCAAGAGGAGGCAAUAUUGGUAAGUUUGAUUUUUUUCGGGAAAACGUUUUCAGAAACUAACUACAGUAACCCCCAAUGAAGUGUUGAGAACAAAAAACAUGGGUUACUGUAGUUCCCCUUUGUUUGCUCCAGAUGACCAAAGUAUUACUUUGGUACCAAUUUCUGCAUGAUCCAAUUAUAAUUAGUAAAUCCAGAAAAUUGUUUUUUAAAUUUUAUUUUUGUGCCCUGACUCUUUUAGUUUUUUUAAAUGUUUCCAAAAAAGUUCUAAGCCUUUAGGUUAACUUUAGUCUUGCCCCCACCCUCACCUUUUCAAAUCUUCAUUGAAAUAUUCCAGUUCUCGAACAAGAUCCACGACAACAAGAUCCAUUUUAUCGACAAUUCAAUGCUCGUGCAGCUGGUCUUCCAUUAGCAUCUGUCAAUUCAGUUGUUCAUAAUAUCAAACAACAAAAUGAAUUUCGCGUUCUCGAUGAUACUUUGCGAUCUUCAUUAACCCCAGCUCCUCCACCAUCUGCGCCACAAUGGGUUAGAGGAAGGCCACGUGGAGGUGGAGCACAACAACAACAGCAACCAACAUGGUUUCAAAAGUAAGAUAGAUUUUGAAAAUUAGAACUUAAAAAAUAUAUAUUCAGAUACAGCGAGGGUGAUGGAUAUGAUAUUGACGGAGGUGGAGGAGGAGGGAGACAAGAUUAUGAUUCUUAUGGCGGAGGAGGUGAAUAUUAUCCGGCAGCAAGACCACGUGGACCAAGACCUCGACCUAGAAGGCCACCUCCUCCGAGGGCACCAAUUCGAGUAAAACCCGAUGAAUUUGUUGAUAAUGGAGAAGAAGCUGUUGGUGGAGGAGGAGGAGGAUUAUUUGCUGGAGAUGGUGAAGGAACUAAAGAAAGUGCGAAUGGAAAAGAGAAAAAUGGAAAGGAUAAAAAUGAUGGAGAAGGAUUGAAAGUUGAUAAUGAAGGAACGAAAAAAGAUGAUGGAGAAGGAAUGAAGAAAAAAGAAGAAAAUGAAAAAGAUGAUAAGAAAAAAGAUGAAAAAGAGGAUGAUAAAAAGAAAAAAGAAGAUAAGAAGGAUGAAAAAGAGAAAGAAAAAGAUAAUGAAAGAAAAAAGAAAAAAGGAGAUGAUGACGAAGAAGAAAAUGAUGAGGAAGAGGAAGAAGAUGAUGAGACAAAACAUGGACAGAUUGAUUUAGCUGAUGCUGGAAUACAGGUAUUUGAACUUGGAUAACAUUUGGAAAUAAAUUAGUAUUUCAGAGAUUGAAAGGUGAAACCCAAGGUGAAGAUGCGAAAGAUGAAGGAACAAAAAAGGAAAAGAAAAAGAAAGGAGAAAUUGAUUUAGAGGAAGUUAAAGCAAAUGGAGCACAGGUUAAUUGAUAAAAAAAACAUUUCGAUAUUUUUAAUUGAUUUUAUUUUUGUAGGGUCUACGGGGAGAUUCGAAAAAAGGAAAGCAAAAAUCGAAAAAAAGGAAAAGAUGAUGAUGAGGAAGACGAGAAAAAAGAGAAGGUUUGGAAUUCAUUUCUAAAAUUUCUUGAGUUCACGCUUUGUUUUAAAAAUUACGAAAAAAAUUUAAAGUCAUUUCAAAAAAAUUCAAAUUGUCAUUUUUCAGAACGACAAAAGUAAAAAAGGUGGAAAGAAAAAAAGUGAUGAUGAUGAAGACGAAGAUGAAGAAGAGGAUAAAAAUGGAGAAUUGAAGAAAAUUGAGGGAGAUGUUAAAGUCAUGAAAGCUGUUGAUGGAGAAACAAAUAGUGAAGAAGGAGAAGAAAAUGAUGAGGAAGACGAAAAGAAAAAAGGAGGAAAAAAGAAAGGAGGAAAGAAAAAUAAGAAGGAUGACGAGGAAGAGGAGGAAGAAGACGAAGAUAAUGAAGAUGAGGAUGAGGAAGAAGAGGAGGAGGAAGAAGAGGAAGAAGAAGAGGAGGAGGAUGAAAAACCAAAGAAAAAGAAAAAAGGAAUGAAUAAUAAACCGAAAUGCAACAAUAUAAAACCACAAAAUGGAAAUCCUCAAGGAGGAGGAGGUCAACAAUAUCCAGCUACAAUUCAACCAGAUCAAUCAUAUUAUUUUACAACAAUACCUACAACCACCACAACAACUUCAGCACCAUAUCCAAUUCCAAUGGGAGCAGCUGCGGGUGGAUAUAGGGUAAGUUGAUGGGAAGGGGGAACACCUCGGCCAAAAACGGGGUUCCAGAAGGUUCAACUACUAAAAUAAAAAUCAAAAUUUUUAUAUAUUAUUUUGAAAAUAUUCUCAAUUACUAUUUUUUUAAAACUUAUGGCUUUCUAUAAUUUCAGAAGAAUUUGAAUUUUUCAUAUUCAAAGUUGUCCCAAAAAAUCCUGAAAGAAUUACUGUAUAUUACCGUUUUCAGGAUGAUUAUCACGAUUUUGAGAUGAAAGAAUGUCAAAAUGGAAAAGAUGAGGAAGAAGAAGAAGAAGAGGAUGAUGAAAAUGAUGAAGAUGAAAAUGAAGAGAAAAAAAAGAAGAAAAAGAAAAAAGAUAAGAAAAAGAAUAAGAAAAAAGGUGGAAAAAAUAAGAAAAAAGGAAAGAAAAAUGGAAAGAAAAAACACGCGAAAUUAAGUUUUGAUUAUUUGACAUCGAAAGAAAAAAAUAGAUCAAGCAAAAAGAAAUCGAGGAAAUAUAUUGGAUGAAUUACAUUGUAAGUUAAUUCCUAGUUUUUGAGAUUUUUCGGGGUACUGUAGUUUUUUUUCAGCGGAAAGCGAUUUGAAGAAAUUACAAAAAUCAUCAUCGAAAAAAGAUUCAAUGGGAAUUGAUUGUAAAACUGCGCAGGAUGAAUUUCCGCUAAAAUGUGGUGCGUGGCAAUCAGCUGGAUUUUGCGAAACAAAUCAAGCGACACAAUUCCUUUGGUGUCGAAAAACAUGUCUUUGCUCUUCAAUAUUUCCAACGACAACAACGCUAGCUACAACUACUGAUAUAUUCAAAAAUUGA